AUGCUUACCCGCAAUGUGUUGGGCGGGAAGCCCCAACAGAACAGCAAAAGGGAAACUGAUCUACCCGCGGAUAAACUAACGACGAAGCUAACUCGGAGGCUUUGGCUCGGCUAUUUAAUUAAAAAACAAGGACCAAAGAACGUGAAGUGGACUCUUGGGUUCUAUCCUAUCCGAGGUGCGUCAUCUGCCGGGGAGCCCAGCCACAUCGCGAACGGACUUUGGGCCCUUCUCCUUACCUGUCCCCUCAUUGUCCCAGCUUCCGGUGUUUUCCCGGUUGCCCCAGACUCCGCUAACGUCACUGCUUGGACCUAG